AUAGGAUUUUGGCAAAUACAGAUAUGUACGAGUAUUGGCUAUGGAUAUGAUUUAUGUAGCUUAAAGUUUUCAUUUUGGAAUUUUGUUCAUACUUUUCAGCAUAUUUAUCAGUGGUCAUUCUAUCAAGAUUUGUUUGUGGCAGCUACGUAAUAAUGCCCGUGCCAAAUAGCAUAACUUUUCCCAAACCCGAAGGCGACGUGCGGAGACCCAACAAGAUCAAACGAUACAAGCCCGACUUGACAAUUGUGCCCUACGACGACUUUAUCACAGAUAUUAUGAAUAUUUUGGGGAUGGGUUUAAGUAUGGCUGGACUGAUGGGACGGAUCAAACUGUGUGCAUGGCUGGCGCUGUUCUGCUCUCUCAUCGGUUUCGCCAACGCUCGCAGUCCCGGUCGCAAUGCCUCCUUUGACGAUUCCAAACAAGUACUCAGCAGCUUUAUGUUAUCUAUUUCGGCGCUGGUGAUGUCAUACCUACAAAAUCCCUUCCCUUUGACGGCCAGCUGGGGCUGAGGCCCGAAUCAAGCGUCGGAUUACAUUAUGCCAGGGAAUUACUUAUUGGCUUUUUUCCGUAGGGUAUUGCCAUAAUGUUCAGUCGCUGAUUGAAAAACAAAUGUUUUUCUAUUGCAUAAUUCAAAAUAUUGUGUUAAAUAAGAUUGCUAAGUUAAUGAAAUGAACAAGCAUCGAAAACUUGGAACAGUCGAGCGUUCGCAGUUC